AUGGCAGCGAGGGACCGUUUCGGUGCCUACGCUGAGCCGGGCUUAACACCGCUGCAACGGGCUAUUCGUAAUGCCUGCGACUUGUCGCACUACGAACCCAACCUCGCCCUGAACCUUGAAGUGGCCGAUCUGAUCAACUCCAAGAAGGGCAAUGCACCUCGCGAAGCUGCCUUCGAAAUCGUCCAUCUAAUCAACUCGCGGAAUCAGAAUGUGGCGUUACUAGCAUUGGCGCUUCUCGACAUCUGCGUCAAAAAUUGCGGUUACCCGUUUCACCUUCAGAUCAGCACUAAAGAGUUUCUGAAUGAGCUGGUUCGUCGAUUCCCCGAGCGUCCGCAGCUGCGGCCGACUCGGGUGCAACAUCGCAUCCUCGAGUCCAUUGAGGAGUGGAGACAGACGAUCUGCCAGACAUCGCGCUAUAAGGAGGAUCUAGGCCAUAUUCGUGAUAUGCAUCGGCUAUUACUCUACAAGGGCUAUGUGUUCCCGGAAAUUCGCCAUGAGGAUGCGGCCGUCUUGAACCCGAGCGAUAAUCUGCGGUCCGCGGAGGAGAUGGAGGAGGAAGAGAAAGAGGCCCAGUCGGCUAAAUUGCAGGAGCUAAUUCGUAGGGGUACGCCUGCGGAUCUGCAGGAGGCUAAUCGUCUGAUGAAGGUCAUGGCCGGUUACGAUAACAGACACAAGACUGAUUACCGGGCCAAGGCGGCGGAAGAGGUCGCCAAGGUGCAGCAGAAGGCGAAGAUCUUGGAGGAAAUGCUACAGAGUCACCAGCCUGGCGACCCGGUCGCGGAGGGUGAUGUGUUUGAGGAACUGGCUGGGGCGCUGCAGAGUGCCCAUCCCAAGAUCCAGAAGAUGUGUGAGGAGGAGUCGGACGAUCCGGAGGCGGUUCACAAAUUGCUCGAGAUCAAUGACAGCAUACAUCGGACCAUUGAGCGGUACAAGCUUGUCAAGAAGGGUGACUGGGAAGCCGCAACGCGGAUCCCCAAGGGCACACUGGGCACGACGACGGGUGUAUCGAAGAAUGCGAACAACCAGCUGUCGCUUAUCGACUUCGACCCGGAGCCGCCUGUCAGUGCAAACGGCAACGGUGCGCCGGCCGCGACCGGAAGUAGUUCAUUGGAGAACGACUUGCUGGGGCUGUCAAUAGACGAGCCCGCUCCGGCUGCUCAUGCUGGAUUCAAGCCGAACUACGACAUCUUGUCCUCGCUGGGCAGUUCUUCUCAGCCGCCAUCGCAGUCAGCUACUCCAGUGCCAGGAGCACGACCCCAGAGUAUCGUCGCGACGCCCACUCCCCCACCCGCUGUCGACCCAUUCGCUUCGCUGGUCUCCGCUAGUCCCCGACAUGCCAGUCCCCUCCCAUCCGGAGGAUCAGCAGCAGGUCAUGCAGCCCCUGGGGGGUCCCUGCUUGAUCUGGCAGGAAGCGGACCGACGCAACCGGUUGGCAGCAGCGGCAAGGCGGCGGAGGAGGACGAAUGGAAUUUUGCAUCGUCGCUGCCAGAGAGCAACACGCUACCGAGCACCAACCGGGUGUCGGUACUGAAUUCGGCUCUCCGAAUUGAAUUUGUGGCGCGGCGAAACCCCCAACAGUCGCAGCAAAUCCAUGUGGUGGCCCUGUUUUCGAACGGCACGAGCCAGCCACUGAAUGAACUACACUUCCAGGUGGCUGUGGAGAAGGCGUACACAUUGCAACUCCGCCCGCAGUCCGGGCGGGACAUUGGACCGCUGCAAACGAACGGAGUGCAGCAGGAGAUGCUCAUCUCCGGGGUAGCGGGGGGCAAGGGCAACUCCAUCAAAAUGCGGUUCCGAGUGUCGUACCGGGUGGGCAGUGAGCACAAGGAGGAACAGGGGAUGGUGCCGUCGUUGGGUAUAGCCUGA